AUGGCAAACAAGGCGGAAAAGAAGCUGGAAGGAAACAUCCUGAUCCUUAAGCGGGUGUUGGCGAUACGAGAUGUGGUGGAAAAGUUCGUGGCGGAGUACGACCAUGAGCGGGACGCCAACCAAGUAUCGGUUCGGUUGGAAACCUUGGACAAGGUCAACAAGGAAUUUCAACAGAUCCAAGGGGAGAUAGAGAAAUUAGACGUCGAUCAGUUCGAGGAUCACAUCGAGGUACGCACCGGAUUCGAAAAUCGGUACUGCGUGUUGAAGGGAUUUCUACUCUCCAAGAUGGACAACGGCCAGCCUCCAUUAAAUUCGACGAUGAUCAACACCUUCGCUCACCACACAUCAUCGAGUUUUCACCAUCGGCUGCCGAAGAUCGAUCUGCCGAAGUUCAGCGGGGAUGAAUCAAGGUGGAUAUCGUUCCGGGACAACUUUCUGUCGAUGAUCCACAGCAACGAGGACAUUCCGACCGUCAACAAACUCCAAUAUCUGCUGCAAUCGUUGGAGGGAGAAGCAAAGAAGCCGUUUGAAAGCGUUGACAUUCAGGCGGACAAUUAUGCGUCUACGUGGGACGCAUUGAUGAAGCGCUACGACAACAAGCGGUUCCUGAGGAAGGAGUUAUUUCGAGGACUGUUCGAACUACCACCAAUCAAGCGUGAAUCAGCACAGGAGCUAAACACAUUGGUCGACGAAUUCCAGCGGCACGUGAAAGCGUUAGGAAAGCUCGGUGAACCAGUUAAGCACUGGAACACUCCUCUCACCUUCAUCCUCUGCAAUAAGCUCGACGCAUCUACGUUACGUUCUUGGGAACAGGAAACGCGUCAGAAGGACGACGUAAGCUACGAUGAGUUGUUUGAAUUCCUUAUCCAGCAAGUUCGAAUGCUGAAGUCCGUAUCAAGCGAUCUACAACAUCGCUCUCAAGGGACUAGCAUCAAGGUGGCCGGUCCAAACCCGAAGAAAUUGUCCACAUUCAAGUCCGUUGUCAAUGCUGCUACAAGUGAAGUCAAGUCGAACACUCUUCAUUGCCCUGCAUGUUCCGAGCAGCAUCUGCUACACCAGUGUUCAACAUUCAACAAGCUGUCCGUAUCCCAACGACGAGAGUUGGUAACCCAGCGAAGCUUGUGUUGGAACUGCUUUCGUUCUGGUCAUCAAGCGCGGGCCUGCAAAUCCAAAUUUAGUUGCAGAACCUGCCAAGCCAGACAUCACACCUCGCUGCACGACGCAGCUCCGAAGAAGACAACUCCUGCCGUACCUUCGAAUCCUCCUAUGCAACAACCAGCUCCAUCCACGUCAGCGCACGCGGGGACCUCUGGAUCAGCGCAUCCACCAGAAGUUAGCAUGGCUAUCCAAUCGAACCACAGCACGGUCCUACUGGAAACGGUUGUUCUAAUCGUCGUCGAUCAACACGGCAAGGAAUUCACCGUACGAGCGCUCCUAGAUUCUGCAUCGAUGUCCAAUUUCAUCACCAAGCGGCUGGCAAACGCUCUUGUCACGCAGCGUACUGCAGUAGACGUCGCUGUAUCAGGACUAGGAGAAUCCGUCAAGCAGAUCAAACGUCAAAUCACGGCUACGAUCAAAUCGAAAACGAACACCUUUUCCUCCACACUCGAAUUUCUCGUAAUGAAGAAACCAUCUGCCAAUCUUCCAACUAUCGCCAUCAACACAGCUGCGUGGAACUUACCAAGCGUUCCACUUGCUGAUCCGCACUUCAAUAUUCCGGGCAUGAUCGAUAUCAUCAUCGGUGGGGAAUGCUACCACGAAAUCCACACCGGUAACCGCACAGCACUCGGGAACGGUCUACCAUUGCUGGUCGAAACACACUUCGGGUGGGCAGUUUCUGGGAAAACGUCCACCAAUUCCGCUGUUGCACCACCAGCAUGCUACAUAUCAACCACCGACCGAUCCCUCGAAUCAGCGCUUCAACGUUUCUGGGAGCUUGAAGCCGUCGAUAAUGGCCCGACGCAUUCCUCAGAAGAGAAACUGUGCGAAGAGAUCUAUGCCACUACUACCACUCGAACUCACGAUGGAAGGUACGUUGUACGCCUUCCUCGGUCCGAAGAUCCGCAAGUCACACUCGGAGAGUCCCGAGAAAUUGCCACACGCCGCUUCUACAGCCUUGAGCGCCGCCUUGAACGAGAUCCUGCCUUGAAGAAAGCCUACCACGAUUUUGUGGAAGAAUACCUCCGCCUCGAUCAUAUGCGCAAACUCGAUUCUGUUGACGACGAAGUUCCACAUUGUUAUCUGCCGCAUCACCCGGUAUUCAAGGAGAGCAGCACCACCACAAAGGUACGCGUGGUGUUCGACGCUUCCUGUAAGACCUCCUCCGGAAUGUCACUCAACGAUAUACUCCUCGUCGGCCCAGUUGUGCAGCAGAAUCUCGACACCAUCAUCAUCCGCUUCCGUUUUCACGUUGUUGCCAUUGUGGCUGACGUAGAGAAAAUGUACCGUCAGAUUUUCCACUAUCCUGCUGACCAACAUUUCCUACGCAUUCUAUUUCGUCGAAGGCCAUCAGAUCCAAUCAACACAUACGAGCUCCUCACGGUUACGUAUGGAACAUCCUCCGCCCCGUUCUUGGCAACACGUACACUGCAGCAGCUAGCGAAAGACGAAGGAGACAUUUACCCGGAAGCAGUAGAAGCUGUCGUCGAAGAUUUUUACGUCGAUGAUCUCCUUACUGGCGCAGACAACUUGGAGUCUGCCAUAGAAAAACGUCGUCAAAUAUCUGCCAUGCUCGCAUCGGCUGGUCUACCGCUGAAGAAGUGGGCUUCCAACGUUCCUGAAGCUUUGGCUGACAUCCCGCCUGAAGAUCUGGCGAUCAAACCUUUCCAUGAUCUGCAAGAUGACCAGUCAGUAUCCACGCUUGGCCUUGUAUGGGAUACGAAGACGGAUAUGCUCCGUUUCAACGUCGAUCUUCCGCUACCAGCACCGAUUCUUACGAAAAGAAAGGUAAUCUCGUACAUUGCCAAGAUUUUCGAUCCGUUAGGCCUCGUUGGACCCACUAUAGCCACUGCCAAAUUGUUCAUGCAGCGACUUUGGAAACUAAAGAACGAAGACAACGCACCCUACGAAUGGGACCGCCCGCUCCCGCAGAAGCUACAGGAUGAGUGGAAGCAAUUCCAUGCUACGCUUCCCAUCCUGGCUGACAUCAGAAUUCCACGCUUCGUAUCUUUGGCCUCCGUUUCCAAGGUUGAGUUGCACUUCUUUUGCGAUGCAUCUGACGCUGCCUACGGAGCAUGCUGCUUCAUCCGCUCGUUGAACAACGACCAAGUAAAGGUUCAAUUGCUGACAUCGAAGUCAAAGGUGGCACCCCUUGCCACGAAACACACUAUCGCAAGACUUGAGUUGUGUGCAGCCGUUCUUUCCACGAAGCUGUAUCAGAAGGUUGAACACGCAAUCAAGUUAUCUACCGAUGUCUACUUCUGGACAGACUCAACCACAGUCAUUCAAUGGUUGCAGUCACCGCCGAAUCGUUGGAAAACAUUCGUUGCGAAUCGUGUUUCCACCAUCCAAUCCAACACUGAAAUUGCUGCUUGGAGACAUGUCCCAGGAGUAGAAAACCCAGCCGACGAACUAUCUCGAGGAUUGCAGCCCGCAGACUUAGUCAAUCAGUCCAGAUGGUGGAACGGACCGAAGUGGUUGCGGGAAUUUCCUGCGCACUGGCCUGUCUCGAAUGUUCCAGAAGAAGAGUACAUUACCGUCAUCGAAGAAGCUCGGAAGGUAACUUUGAUAUCGCUCAAUGCUCCUGACGAACAGUUUGCAAAUCAGCUAUUCGCUCGUUUCUCUAACUACACAACUCUUCGCCGUGUAGUAGCGUACUGCAUGAAGUAUAUCAAGGCAUUGCAAGCCACAGUACGUAAGUCCACCAAAUCAUCGAACAUCAUUCUCACGACAGCUGAUCUCGUAGUCGCCGAUCACACGCUAAUUCGACUUGCUCACUCGCAACUCUACUCGGAAGAGCUAGCUGAGCUUACCACUUCCACAAGUAACGACGUCUUGAAGUCCUCACCCUUGAAAUGGUUGAAGCCACAUGUCGACGACAACGGAAUCAUCCGUGUAGGAGGACGUCUAUCAAACGUUGAAGUUCCAGAUACCGUCAAGUACCCGAUGGUGCUAUCCUCAAGACACCCACUAGCACAGUUGCUAGCAGGUUAUUACCACAAGUUUCUUCUGCACGCCGGUCCACAACUCAUUCUCGCUACCAUGCGCCAAAAAUACUGGAUCAUCAGUGGAAGAAAUCUUGUCCGGCACACGUAUCACCAGUGUGUCAAGUGCUUCCGGAACAAGCCAAUCCUGAUUCAGCAGAGCGUAGCAGAUCUUCCAAAAUCUCGUGUGACUCCAUCACGCCCAUUCGCAAUCAGCGGCGUCGAUUACUGUGGACCAGUGUAUCUGAAGUCAUCGGUGAGGAAUCGUGGCCCAACCAAAGCGUACAUCGUCAUUUUCGUAUGCUUUUCAACGAAGGCAGUGCACAUCGAGUUGGUCACGGACUUGUCCACACCAGCUUUCUUGGCUGCACUUCGCAGAUUCGUCGCCCGCCGUGGCCUUGUUCGAGAACUCCAUUCGGACAGUGGCACUGCGUUCAAGGGAGCAGCUAACGCACUCCAUCGCAUCUACGAGAUGUUGAAGUCCAGUGAAACUGACCGAGCUCAAAUCCAGACCUGGUGUGCCGAAAAUCAAAUCCAGUGGAAGUUCAUUCCACCACGCGCCCCACACUUCGGAGGAUUGUGGGAAGCCGCAGUGAAGUCGGCCAAACAUCAUCUCCUGCGUGAAAUCGGCCACAUCAGCAUCCGUCAAGAGGACAUGACAACGCUGCUAACACAGAUUGAAAUGUGCCUCAAUUCAAGACCACUGACCCCAGUUCCGUGCGAUCCUACUGACCUCGAAGUUCUAACGCCUGGCCAUUUCUUGGUUGGCUCGAACCUACAAUCCGUUCCGGAGCCAAGCUACGUCGACACGCCAGACAACCGUCUCGACCACUGGCAAAUCACCCAGAAGCUAUUCCAGCGCAUUUGGGCCCGGUGGUAUCCGGAGUACCUUGCUCAACUCCAAUCUCGAGCAGCAAAGGGUUGCAAAGCACCAGUUCCUAUCAAGGUGGGACAGAUCGUGGUCAUCAAGGAUGAGAAUCUUCCUCCUGCACAAUGGCCGCUCGGAAGAAUCACCCAGCUAGACCCUGGCAAAGAUGGGACCGUUCGCGUCGUCACGAUGAAGACAGCAAAUGCCAACAGCGUCGUGAGACCAGUUGCGAAGAUUGCAAUCCUGCCAAUCCCCACGGAAGACCACCAGCCGAAGUAG